CAGAAGGUUGGGAAAUAAUAGAUUUGUACCGAAAGUUGUGAAGUGAAAUAAGUGAAAAUGAACAGGAAGGUCACGCGAUAACUACAAAUGGCUACACUGGUACGACAGAUACACAGACUUUCUUGUCCCUGUGUAAAACUAUUGUAUCCAAUAUUUUCACCGGAAAGAAAGUAUUCAAGCAUAUUACCAGCUAGUUUCCAACUUUUAAACAGAAACAAUACUUUCCAAUCAUUUUCUGAUGUUCUCAAAGACAUAUGGGAUGGAUAUCUCUUUGCUGCUCCAAAGAAAAGAAGAUCAAUUGCAAAAAGAAGACAUAUGCGUAAAUUUAAGCAAUUAAAACCAAGAAACGAUAUUGAAGACUGUGUUGUAUGUGGACAUAAAAAACUCAUGGGUAGAUUGUGUAAGAAUUGUUUUAGUUGGACUAUGUCGUUGACAGAAAAGGUCUGGGAAAAGACAGGCGCAAACAAGUGGGGACGGUAUGUCCGAUGAUGUGAAUUACAUGCCUGAAAAUAUUGACAUACUUUUUGGUAUACAGCCUAGAUUCCAAAAGCACAUUUUUAACUGUUGUAUCAUGGUUUUGCAUCCUUGAUUACAAAGAUAAACUACAUCUCCAGAUUAAAUGGUCAAGUGUUUUGUUUUGUUUUGUUUUGUUUUGCAGGGUUUAAAUUAAAACUUAAUUUGCCUACAUAUAGGCAUCUAUAAAAAAUUCUCUUUAAUUCAUUAGUCACAAACUGCUAAGGGAACUUGUAGUUGAUUCAACGUUCAUGUUAAUAUUUUGUGAUGAAACUAAAAUGCGCGAUACACUAAUUUUUUAUUUUACUAUUAUUAUGUCUUUUAUAGUUGUGUUUCUAGCUUUUAUACUACUUAAAUAUAGAAAUUAUAAAAAAUAUACACAAAAAUAGUUACAUAGUUAAUCAAAAUUUAAUUUUUUUAUGUGAUUUAUAUAAAGAAUUAGCUACUUUACCUAAAAUAGCUAUAAUACGAGUAAAAAACAAAACAGAUUAUUGUUGUUGUAACACCCUUUUCCGUUAUGAUUAUUAUAUAUGUUUAAAAAUAUGGUUGCUAAAAUGUAAUACUGCAAGACUUUAACUAAAUUAUAGUCGAUGGCAUCUCUAUAAUAAUACGCCAGUUCUGUCUGUCUGUGACUUUUGCAAAGUGGAUAAAAUUUCUUUGAUAAAGUCUAUAAAACAUCACCUAUAAAUUUCUUUGACGUUAAAGCAAUAUUGACGUCAAAGGAAAGUAUAUUAAGAUUAGUGAAGCCAUUCCAUUGCACUUUUAAAUUUGAGGCUAAAUAACUUGGAAACGGGUGGAAAUAACUGACGUCAUCUCCUGUGUGGGUAACUAGGGACUACCUGGAACCAAUUUAGGUAAGUUUUCCAAACCUGGGUUACCUAAUUCGUUUCGGAAUGGAGGGGUUAAUGACGUCAUCAAGAAACCUUUAAACGCUAAUAUCUCUGCAUUCGUUUGUCAAAAGUACACAAUCUUAUAUAUACAUAUUCUUGAUCACAGUUCAAGAUCUAUACGAUGAAGGCAACAGGUAUACAUAUUUUUAACAAAAAAAUUUUAGGUUUUGACGGGCCAUUGUUGACAUCAGCAAAAUUUUUAAACCCUUAUAUCUCAUUAACCGCUCAUCAAAAGCACAUGAUCAUAUACAUUUUCUUGAUCAGCAUUUUAAGCUCUACAUUAUAGAGGAAAUGUGAAAACAAGGUAAUAAAUUAUUUUUUUAUGAAUGGGUUGAUUACGUCACCAAAAUUUAAAUGUUGCUUCUUUUUUGUUUUUAAUCUGCACAAGUGGAUUUUUCCACGGGCUUUACUGACUAGUUUCGGAAUAAUAUAAAAACAAGGUUAAAUAUGCUUGUCUUAACAACCCCCUCCGUUAUGAAUUUUAAAUAUAUAAUUUAAUUACUGUUAAAGACUUUAAAUGUUGUCAACUAAACUACAGUCCAUAAAAAGAUUUUGUAUUAAAAGAACACUAAUUAUAGAAAUAAUUUUUCUUUUUAUUUUAUUAUUUUAAGUGGGAUUAGAAUAGCAUGCUGUAUAAAUUUUAAAACACGCAACUAUAACUUGCAGAAACAUCAAAAACAAGUUAAUGAAUCAGAAUGCCCCCUUAAUGUUUAGCUGAUGAUACAAAUACCAUGAACAAAGAAUCAACUGCAAGUGAACCCUGUUUUGCAUCCUACCAAUUUCCACAGAAUUAAUAUUAAAAUCACUUAUCUUUCCCUUAAUUUUUGUGGUCCUCUAAUUUUUUCCCCCAAAUUUUUGUGCCAUGUAUCUAAAUGUGAUCAGAGUGACUUGAUUAUGAUAUGAUAUCCUUUUUAAAAAUGUUUCUGAAAAAAAUUAUUUUACAGUGUUCCUUGUUAAGCCUUUUUUGUUCAUUCAAGGUUUAUUUCCUACAAUUAGAAAAGAUCUAAUCUCCACACCCUUUAAAAUUAAAAAAGUAUAAAAAUAAUUAAAAAGAAGGAUUGCUAGUACUCUAUUCCAUUGUUUUCUAAUUCAGCAUGUUUUAAGAACACGCCAAACCCUUUUUUAAACUUAUAAUAGAAGCAAUUCAAGGGAAAUAUAAAAUAACUACUUUUCUUUAUUUAAAAAUCAAAAAGAUUUUUAAUCUUUCACACAUGCACAGGUUAUAUACAGGGUGUAAUCCAGAAAACUAGGAUAUGAGCCAUUAAAUUCCAAAUAAAAAUUUUGUCAAAUUGGUGCAAGGUAUUAUUAAGAUCUUAUUUGUUUACAACUUUUUGAAAUGGAUCAUAAGUCCCAUAUUUUUGAGUCAAUAUGGUUAGUUUCUGUAUCUAUCAGGAUAAAUUCAAGUUGGGAAAUAGCUGUUUAGCAGCUCCUGAGAAUUCUGGAUUACACCGUAAUAUAUUGUAGAAUUGAAAUACAAUCACUAUAAGUCUGUAUCAUCCGAAGCGUGCAAACAGAAAGUCAUUCUUUUCUUUGUUUUUAAUUACUAAGGCAUUAUUAACCACUGUAUGUGUUUUUUUAAAUAGUAAACUACUAUACAACCUGUCCAGAUGAUAGAUAGAACUACCAUAUAAUAGAUGAUCUUUAAUUGUAAUAAGUAGCCAUUCUUACUAGCUACGUGGCUAGUACCACAAAUACUGCCAAAGACUUAAAGAUGGUGUUUAAUUUCCCUAUUUCAGUGUCUGUUUAUCUUUGUGAAGUCUAUUUGAAUUUAAUAUUAACAGAAUGACAAUGCUCUUAGCUUUCGUGGAAUCAAGUCUUUGUUUAAUUAGUUUACUUUUGUUAUAAUCUUUCUUUUUAUUAAAAGCUAAUAAAAAUGGAAACAAAGAUUAAAGAUAGAGGUACUCUCCAGAAUUUCUUGUGCAAAGCUAAAAAUUUUAUGAAAGCUACACCAAUUGAAAAAUGCAAUGUUUUUUUUGUAAUUGGCAAUGAAUCGGCUGAUUUGGACUCAAUUAUAUCAGCGAUUGUUUAUGCUUUUUAUUUGCAUGAAAAGGUCAGAAAGCAGAAUGGCAAAGACAUAUAUGUCCCUGUAGUCUGCAUCCCAGAAGAAGACAUGCACUUACGUACAGAAGUUAUUGUUUUAUUUCAGAAGUGUGGUAUUGAUUUGAAAGAUAUUGUUUACAUAAAUGAAGUCAACUUUUUAGCAUGUUUAACUAGCUAUACUGUCAAUGUGACAUUAGUUGAUCACAAUGAUGUUGGAACUCAUGGUGUUUUAAAAAAUUCUGUUCAUCGUAUUGUAGAUCAUCACCAGGACAGCAUGCAAUUUGAUGAAAGCAAGGUCUGCAAAAACAUAAAAAUGGUUGGAUCUUGUUGCACCUUAGUUGCAGAGGAAAUUUACUACAAUAAGAGUGAAUUACUUUCUAUACAUCCAGUUGCAGAACUCUUACUUGCUGCUAUUUUAAUUGACACUAUAAAUCUUGAUCUUCACUCUGCUCGUACAGUGGAAUUAGAUGUUUUUAUUGGAGAAGUUCUUUCUCAACAUAUCACUCAAGAUCCAGAUGAACUAUUUGAACUGUUGCAGAAAGCUAAACUAGACAUCAGCCCAAUGUCUAGUUACAAUAUUCUACGGAAAGAUUACAAAAAGGUCCCAUCUUGUGCAGUACAAAUGGGAAUAUCUUCUGUCAUGUUGGAACCUUCACAGCUGUUAGCAAGAGGUGACUUCCUAUCUGUUGUCCAAUCAUAUCUCUCUCGAAAUGAACUUCAAGCAAUUGUUAUUAUGUUUAUUUAUUUCGACAAAAACUCUAUUCCACUCCGUGAAAUUGCAGUGGUGUCUGAAAGUGUCACUACUUGUGACAGGAUUGUUACCUGUUUACUUUCACACACAAAGAAACUUGAUCUUUAUGAAAUUGCAAAUAAAAUAACUAAUGUGUCUAAGCCAAGCAUGCGUUUAUUUAAGCAGGCUAAUGUAAAGUCAUCACGAAAAGUUGUUUUACCAUUAUUGCAAGAAAUGUAAGUAAUAAAGUGUUUAUUUCUGUUUU